AUGACAUGCAACUGCUCUGUCCGAUGGCCCCGGAACCUCAAAGUCUUUAGAUGUACCGAAUGCCUCACCGUCAAUGAUUUGGAACCCCACAGAGGGCCCACCGAGUCGAGCGGGCAUGCUCAUCCAGGGAAGGACGACAAGCCAUUGCCGACGAUCCCCAGGAAAGCUAUUCCAUUGUCCGUCGAACGAACGAAAGCUAUCCUUGAUGAAUGCAUUUCGAGCUACCUCCGACAAAUCUUGGAUGGGCGGGGCCCACGAGCGUCCCCCGCGGGAAGCCAGGCGGACAGGCAUAUCAACGGACAAGACGAAAAUUCAUCAGGAUCACCGGCUAAACCGUCUGGAUAUCUCACCGAACCCCGGCUGGUAGACCCGCGGGGUCGUAGUGCGUCAGCGUCCAGUAGGUCUGGCAGGCCGGAGGUGAUGAAUGGUACAACGAAUUACUUGAAACCUAAUGCUGCUCCGUUUUCGCUGCCAACCGAAGGAAGAGACUCUCAUAUGAGGAAUCGGGAUGUACAGAACACGCCAAAAAGAGACCGUUCUCCGCGGGAAGCAUUGCGACCAUGCGAUUAUGCAGCGAGGGAUAAGCCAAGUCGCCCUUAUAUAUUUAGGGCGGUGGAAGAGUACAUCAUAAGUUCAUUCAAAGGCUGCGAUUGCCUCAACAGCUCCUUCACAACGACACAACAUGUGCCACCGUCUACAAGUGAGUGCAGCCCUGCUAAACACAAGCCGGACAAUAGUGUUACGCAUGCACAUCCAGUAUUUGAGCCAGAUGCAAAGACUCUCCUCUUAGGAGAUUUAGCCGAAAACUCUUCCUGGUGGAUGAACGAAACCGAACAAACUAGUUCCCAUCACCUGAAAGAAAAACCGACUAGCUCUGCAAGGGCUGUCAGCUCCAGGAGUCCCCGUAUCAACUGGGCUGAACUGGCACACUGGUACCAGUUGAUCAUGACAGCAGGAACAUCAUGGGCCGAGCAGUGGUCAGGGCUGAAGCCUCUUGAUGUAGACAACGCAGAUGACUGUGUAAGGAAUAAGAGGUGGGAUGCUGCUGACAUGAGCCUAAUUGAAAGAGAAUUCAUGGAGUCGCGCUUGCACCUGCACAGGACACUUAUGAAAGCUACCGAGAAUCUCUUGAAGCGGCCCCGGCGGCCUUUGAAGAGACCAGAGGAUAAUAGAUUCCUCUUGAUGCUCCUGGUGAAUCCAUUGAUAUACUCGUCGAGUCAACACUUUGCGCUCCAUCCUGGAGCCGCUUCUGCAGCCCGUAGUAACAGACGGCCGUCUAAUACGAAAGAUACCUCUCAUAGACCAGUGCCUCCUGAUAUCAAUACUUCCUCCAGGCAUCGGAGCGGGGGACCCGGCCACCACGGCAUCGUCAAGCGGAUACUGGGUUUGCUAGCGAAUUUGCCCAAUGACUGUCAUCACUACCUUGUUUCUUGGUUUUCGCGGUUUUCAGCUGGGCAAUUUGAAAAGCUUGUCGAUCUCGUCGGCAGCUUCGUGACAUAUCGUUUGACUCGUCAACAUGGGCGGAAACGCAGCGAGUCGGCACAGCAUGACGACGAUUUAGUCCCAAGUUUUUCCAGCGCCACCGGCAAUACGCCAGCGGAAUUGCACGCGGCGAUUAAUGGGAGAAGCACCAACAAACAGGCCAACGAGAAACGUGAUCAGCCUGUGGUCUAUAGUGACGACUGGCAGCUUCGGGCAGCAGCGAGGGUAAUGUCACUUCUUUUCACUGCCAACAACGCCACCAUUUCUCGAAAGCCGGAUGGAAUACUCGGUCAGGAAGCAGGUUCCGCGGCCAAACCUCAAGGAUACCGACGAGGGCAAAUUGUCCCAGUCAGCGCGUUCUAUAAUACAUUGCUAGACUACUCGGACCUUGUGUCUGAUUUUGAGGCCUGGGAGUCUAAAAGCACGAAGUUCUCUUUCUGUCAAUAUCCAUUCUUCCUUAGCAUCUGGGCCAAGAUUCAUAUACUUGAGCACGAUGCACGACGGCAAAUGGAAGUGAAAGCCCGCGAAGCCUUCUUCAAUAGUAUAUUGAGUCGGAAAGCGAUCAGCCAGUAUCUUUUGUUGAGGGUGCGACGCGAUUGUUUGGUCGAUGAUAGCCUACGAAGUGUUAGUGAAGUUGUGGGUUCGAGUCAAGAAGAGAUCAAGAAGGGCCUCCGCAUUGAAUUCGUUGGUGAAGAGGGUGUGGACGCAGGCGGUCUCCGCAAGGAAUGGUUCUUGCUGUUGGUCCGGGAGAUCUUUGACCCUCAUCAUGGACUCUUUAUCUAUGAUGAAGACUCGCAGUUUUGUUAUUUCAAUCCAUACUGCUUCGAAUCAUCGGAGCAGUUCUUUUUGGUCGGAGUUCUACUGGGACUAGCCAUCUACAACUCCACAAUACUUGAUAUAAACCUUCCCCCCUUCGCGUUCAAAAAACUUUUGGCUGCCGCCCCGCAGACGACUGGACCGCAGCCUGCAACAGCACGGUCGACAUACAAGUGUAACCUCGAUGACCUGGCCGAGUAUCGACCUGCACUUGCGAAGGGCCUCCGGGCCCUUCUGGAUUUCGAAGGAGAUGUUGCAGAGACCUUUUGCUAUGACUUUGUCGCUCAAAUGGAUCGCUACGGUGAAGUAGUUGCGGUGCCACUCUGCGCUGGGGGCGACAAGCGGCCUGUUACAAAUGCGAACCGACGGGAGUUUGUGGACUUGUAUGUUCAUUACCUGUUAGACACGGCCAUUACCAGACAGUUCGAGCCCUUUAAACGUGGCUUCUUCACUGUCUGUGGCGGUAAUGCGUUGUCCCUCUUUCGCCCUGAGGAGAUUGAACUUCUAGUACGCGGUUCAGACGAACCGUUGGAUGUGGCGUCCUUACGGGCAGUUGCCACGUAUGACAACUGGUCGGACCCCCGGCCAGAGAUGGUGCCGGCUGUGCAGUGGUUCUGGAAUUUCUUCGAGCACACACAGCCGCAGGCACAGCGAAAGAUACUAUCAUUUAUUACAGGCAGUGACCGUAUUCCAGCCAUGGGGGCAACGAGCCUCACAAUCCGGGUGGCCUGCCUCGGAGACGAUUCGUCACGAUUCCCAACUGCACGUACAUGUUUCAAUAUGUUAGGGCUGUAUCGGUAUACUACACGGGAACAAUUAGAGCAGAGGCUCUGGGGAGCAGUGCUCAACAGUGAGGGAUUUGGACUGAAAUAA